UGUCCGUCUUCAAAUUUCACCUAGAUCGACUUUGCUUUUCAUCUUUUUGGAGUCGAUAAAAUAAGUGCCAGUUUGAAAACCGGAGUUGAUGUUAUCGACUUACCCCCUCCCUCGAAAUUGUUGGCCUUGUACCAAAAUUUGAAACCAUUAUAGUAGUACUCUUUCGGUAAAAGUCUAUGAUGUCAUUAAUGAGACAGCUAAACAGUCAAACACGCACUCGCGCAUACACUCACUUACGACUAAUGACUCGAAACGUUGCCGAUAUUUUUUCGUUUUCUUUUACUAUCAAUAUGAAUAAUUUACAAAUAGCAUCAGAAAAACUAGAGAUUUUUGUCAAGGGAGAUAAUGUGCUAGAUCAAUAAUGUGUAAGUGUUUCCUAUGUGUGUACGUGUUGGGUACACGUGUAUUUGUAUAUAAAUACGUGUCAUUGACAUUUAAAGUGAACAAAUAUAUUUGUUUUGUAUAUAUAUACAUGUUCGCAUUCAAAGUGCAUUAAUACAUUUUGUUUUGUAUAUAAAUAUAAUUUGUUUACAUCGUAAGGAUGGAUGCCAAUGAAGUCAGAGUGGUUCUGGAAGAUGAUGGUACACUUGUAGAUAGUUCCUAUUUUAAAAGAUUACCUCCACAGACAGUUUUUGUGUUACUUAGAAAAGAUGAGAAAUGGUCAGGCAUAAUGAACAUGAUCCAAAAUAUCUUCAAGGCAGAUGGUUUAGAUCUGCAAGAAAUUUUGAAGUCAGAUGCUGGAGAUGAAUUGUUGGAGAAAAUAAAGAAAGUAAUGAAAGAAACUCAAGAUGACAGGUCGUGCUUGGAACUUCGAAGUGAAGAUGAAAAUUGGUUUGCAGACGUUAAAAAGACAUUUAAAAGGAAAUCAGAAUAUAUGAAUUACAAAGCACAGAGCCGUGUAAAGAAAUAUUAUAGUGAUGCAAGUGCCAAACUCAGGAAAGAUGUAGAUCAAGAGAUUUCUAAAGUUAUUCAAAAACUCAUCGACCAACUAAAAACUAAACUUGAGAAGAAUUCUUAUCAGGGAGCAUAUUUUGAUCGCACUGCUUCAGAAACUGAACGGAUUUGUGACUCAGAUGGCUGGUUCAACUGUGAAGGGAAGUUUGAUGAAAAUACAUGUAAAAAGUCACAUAAAAUCAACCCUUACUCAACUAGGGAAAACUGUAUGCUAUUUGCUUUGUGGGAUCUGGACCAUAUAAUUGAGAAGACUCGGGUUGUUAUACCAAUGGUGUUAAAGGCAGCUAAGAUGAAAAAAACAAAGCAGAUAUUGUCAUGUGAUAAAAUUUAUAAUCUUUUGUUCACCAGACAGAAUCUUAAACUGGUGUACAAGGAAUGUCACGACAAAAAAUCUCGUGUUUCCACCCUUGACUGGAAUACUUUAUAUUUAUAAUCUGUAAAUAAAAGAGGGGUGUUUUAGUA